AUGGCCGUCAACGAACAUCGCAAGGGCAAGAAGCCGCAGCGCGGCGACGACGCAAAGAGCGGAGCAAAGGGCAAGGGCCCCGCCCACGGCAAGCGCAAGCACCCGUCCGGCAAUGGACCCGCAAGGCCCAACAAGAAGGCCUACACCCGGCCAGAGAGCCUAGAGGGCAUCCCUGGCGCAGGCAAGCUCAAGUCGUCCAUCCGCCAGACCAAGCGCCUGCUGGCAAAGGAGAAUCUCGCCCCCGGCACCAAGAUCGAGGCCGAGCGGCGCCUUGCGGCGCUCACCGCCGACCUCGAGAAGCUGCAGAGCUCGCGCGAGGAGAAGAACGUGUCGGCUCGCUACCACAAGGUCAAGUUCUUCGAGCGCCAAAAGCUCGUGCGGAAGAUCAAGCAGACGAAGAAGGCCAUCGAGCAGCUCGAAAAGAAGGCAUCAAAGGCAUCAGAUGCAUCCGAUAGCGAUUCUGACGCCAGCGGAUCCGACAGUGACGACGAUGGGAAGCCGAGCAUCGAGGACCUCGAGGUCGUCUUGACGGAGCUGCGGUGCUUGCUGCAUUACGUCCUCCGCUACCCUCCGGACCUCGCCUAUGUCAGCCUGUUUGCCAACGGCGCCAAGGAGCCUCAGGUGCCGAGCGCGGAUGAAACCGACGCGACGCGCGCCAAAGCCUUUAUUGUCCUGGACAAGAUCCGCAAGGCCGUCGCCAAGUCUGAGCUGAGCAACCAGCCCGAAAUCGACCUCGAGAGCGGUGAGGCCGCCGACAGAAAGGACAAGAUCCGCGCAAGCGACCGGCCGAGCGCCAGCACGCCAGGGCGGCAGCCUGGCAAGAAGGCAGCCAAGUCGGAGGGUUCUGACGACCCUGACGACGAGGAGGAUGCCGCGGAACAUGGCGUCGAGGGCGAUGACUUCUUUGCCCGCGAUUCCGACGACGACGACGAGUAG